AUGGCGGUGUACUACCUGUACAGGAGCGGGGUGGACACCUUCUCCGUGCCCGUGCAGGGGCCUUCCGUGUCCGUCGCCGAGCUCAAGCGCCUCAUCAUGGCCACCGCGCGACAGGGCCACGGCCGGUCGCGCGGCCGCGGCCCAAGGGAGACCGUCGCGUUGUACGGCGACAGGGCCGGCGAGGAGUACACGGAGGAGGCCGAGAUGAUCCCGACCGGCUCCACAGUCGUGGUGCGACGCCGAGUCGACGGGCCUCCUGUCGAGACGAUCGUCGACUCGUCCCUAAAGAAGCCGCUGUCGCAGGGUGGCGGUGGUGGUUCUUCGUCGGACUCUGGUGUGCCGUCGACGGAGGCUGAAGCAGUCGAUGAGGAGAGAGCCAUCAGCGCCGUGAUCGAGGCUGCAGAGCUCAAGUGGGAGGCCCCAUCCCAGGGAGGCCACUGCUAUGGUCACCGCAGCACGCACGCAUGGAGGGCACCACCGGCCGGAUACGUCUGCCACAGGUGCCGCGUCCCGGGGCAUUUCAUCCACCACUGCCCCACCAAUGGCGACCGAAGAUUUGGCAUCCGGAGGGCAGGCCCUGCUCCGGCGUCCUCAACGGCGCCGCUUGCGUCCGGGGAUCCUGAGGGCGUCGUCGUCCCCGCAGAGCUCUACUGCAAGAUUUGCCAGAGGGUGAUGAUCGACGCGGUGUUGGCGAGCAAGUGCUGCUUCGACAGCUUCUGCGACAGGUGCAUCAUCACCGGCAAGUCCAAGUGCGCGUGCGGGGCACAGGCGCGCGCCGACGACCUGAUUCCCAACCCGAAGCUCCGAACCACCAUCGCCAACCUGCUCGCCACCAUCGGCGCCACGAGCGGAACGGAGAAGCCGAAGAGCUCCGCCGGCAGCAACGCGGCAGAGCCGGCACCUCACAGCCCGACCGCUUCCCAGGCGAGCCGCAGCAACGUGAGUUCCAUGACGUCCACGCACAGCGACGGCGGCGCGACGUCCACGUCCAAGAAGAGCGCCACGAUCUCAGGCGUUCUCGGGCAAAGGAAGGCGCGGGAGACAGACGGCGACCACUCCGUAGAAUCCAGAUCGCUGGCCAUCGACGGCAACCACCACAGCGCCCCGUUCUGCCCGGCGCCAGGCUACGUCGACCCCUUCUUCAGCGGCAUGCCUUUCGGAGCAGCCUACUACGGCGGCGUGCCUUACGGUUGUGGUGGUGGUGCUGCUGCUGCUUACGGCUACUACGGCGAGGAGCACCGUGACAUGAAGAGGGCACGCCUACGAUGA